AUUUAUAUGAUGGUUAUUAAAUGUUUAUGUCUUGACGAAACUGUUAUGUAGUCGACUUUACAAUCUUGUGAUAAAUUAUUGCGAUUACGAAACUUGUUAGCAACUGAAUUAGGUCACUACAGGUUAGAUUGGAUAUUGAAUAAAAUUUUAGGAAAUGGCAGCAGAUCACUUUUGUUUACGGUGGAACAACUACCAGAGCAAUAUGGUCAGUGAACUUGACAUCUUGCGCAGUGAGGAACAUUUAGUUGAUGUUACUCUUUCAUGUGAAGGACAGAAAUUUAGAGCGCACAAAGUAAUUUUAUCUGCAUGUAGUGCUUACUUCAGAAAUGUUUUUAAGGAAAAUCCUUGUGAGCAUCCAGUUGUCAUCCUGAAAGACGUCAACCAUGAAGAUGUAGAAGCCCUCUUGAGUUUUGUAUAUCAAGGUGUUGUUUAUGUAUCAGAAAAAAAACUUUCCUCAUUUUUGCAAACGGCCGAGUUAUUACAAAUUAAGGGCCUUACUGGAGCAGCAUCUACAUUGAAGGAUGAAAACCUUAGUGAUAAAUCUAGCACGGCUGUGCCCAAUAAGCCUGUGGUGCCAGCUCGGAAAGUACUUCCAUCAGUAUCGCCGCCCUCCACUCCGCCUGUUAAACGAAGAAAAGGAGCACCUGUACGGAUAUGUAAACCACAUGAGGAAGCAGAUGACUCGGACAACAAUAGCCAAAGAGAUGAAGAUGAUCAAGAACAAACAGCAAAUUAUGUCAAACAAGAAAAUACUGAAGAAACAGAAAGCAAACAGAUAUCAGAAGGCCAACCUGUAGAGGAAGAAACAUCAAUGGAAGCCGAAGGAGAAUUAGACUCUAAUGAAAGUGUGCCAAGUGCUUAUCCUCCAGGAGAGGCUCCUGAAAUGAGUGAGGAUGGUGAAGUCAAAAGGGAAGAAGCGACACUACUGGAACGUUCAUUAGUAGCAGCUAGUAUGUCAAGGCCCUUUGAAUCUCCAGGUUCAUUUCCUCCUUUUCCUGUGACGGGAAUCGUGCCAGGAAACGCUCCACUUCCUGAACAAGUCACGCCCACGGGUAGGGGGGAGUGGAAGUGCAUGCAGCCUCAACGCUGCUACCUCUGCCACAAGGUGUUCAGCAAUUCAGGAAACUUGCGCCAACAUAUCAGCAACAUGCACAUGCCUCAGCAGUACGUACCGUGUCAGAUCUGCCAUCGGGUGUUCAAGAACAAGGAGUAUCUGAGGAAACAUCAUGUACAGACACAUAAUGCUCCCUUGCGACGGCCUCGGCCUGGCUCCGCCGAUCGUAUCUUCCGCUACCAAUGCUGA